AUGUACGCUCAUCCUUCUGACGGGCAGCAGAAUGACCCUCGCUACGUCCAAGGUCAAGAAAGCGGCGAGCAAGCUCGGCAUGUAGGCCCGUCAAAUACAUUCCAGCAGCAGGCAUGGCAACCUCAGCAGCAGCAGCAGCAUCAACCACAACAUCAACACCAAGUACAACAGUCACAAACAACAAAUCAGCAGCAGCAACAACAGCAUCAGCAGCAUCUCUGGCAGUAUCAGCAGGGACCCCAUCAGCAACAGUUCUUUCCGACAGUUUGUGAAGGAGGUGGUACGGUAGGUCAACCAUCAAUAUGGUCCUUCCACGACCUGGCCGACAUGCCGUACACAGCUCAUCACCCCACGGCAUCCUUUGAGCAGUCCUCAUCCUCCUCGCAGCCGUCAUGGCCUGGAUCAGGAAUGGCUUUCAGCGGGCAAAGCAAUCCGAACCAAAGAGCGGGUCCCAGCAGCGCCAGCACGGCAUCAGACGCCCUUGGUCACACGGACAGUCGUACCGGAUACCCAGGUCGAAGUCCUCUAGAGGUUGGCGCGCCUGCCGCACCGCCGUUUCGAGACACCAUUCAUGGCCCAACGCAAUUUUCUACCGGAUCUCAAACUCUUUCGGAGACCGUCAACAGCAAUGAAGGGGUACGCCAACAGCAGCAGCAGUGGCUGUCACACGACCUCGAAGGUGGUUUCAAUCCCUGGCCCAUCUUGCAACCUUCUGAGGUGCCUCGCCACUUUCACGGUCGACGUCCCGACGAAGAGGCUUCUCGCCAAAGGAAUUUUGGUGCUGGCGCCUCCCGAGGCACCUACAAUCCCUUGCUACAAGCCAGCGGUGUUGCUUACGCAUCAGAUAGCAGCACCGAUAAUACCACACAAGAGCGGGCGAACUUCGCCUCUCGAGGCUCCCACCCAGCAGCAUCGUCGUCAUAUCAACGAGGCUCCUCGUCUGACACGCAAGUCUCGUCAUCGAACCAAAGCGAGGAGAGUCCGAUCCUUCUCCAAGCCGGCACGAGCACAGAUACAGGCUCAUCAACAUCACUUUCUGCCGGCAAAGUGGACGUCAAGGAUCAAAAGCGGGCAGAGGAGGUCCUGAAGCGCAUCCGUACCAGAGCGCCAGACUCAAAAGAAGGGGUAGCGGCAUGCGACUAUUGCCGUAAGCGCAAGAUCAAGUGCGAUCGAGAAAAGCCCAGCUGUUCCCGUUGCGCAGCUGCAGGGCGAGUCUGCCUGACUACCGAUACCUUGAGGAAGAGGGGUCCACCUAGUAAGAAGGAGAGGGAACUACUUGCCGCGGAAGGAAUUCACUUUGUCCCGAGUCGCCACAGACGGAAGUCUGAUCUCGCCGGACGAGAAGCAUCGGGCGAAGGAGCCCGUCGCGCCUUGACUCAGGGACUGGAACCACCGUCGCGCUCUUCAUCAUCCUCGGCAGGUUCCAAAAGGUCUGCAAUGUCGUUGCGCCCGUCACCCAUUGGCAGGGGUCGGGCGUACACUGCUGGAGGGCCUUCUGUUCAGCCUCAUGACAUGGACCCAUUGCCCCUGCUAAAGGGCAGGCGACUAAGUCUCUCCUGGGUCGACCCUUCCAUAGCCCGCAGGACAGGAGGUAACCCGUCCUCUACAGGAAGUCUUACAGCUCAGCAAUCCAGCGGGAGUCCUGCUGAGGCCCUGACUCGUGGCUUGCAUACUGAUAUCGGUAGCAGCAAGUCAGGACAGCAAAUUUGGAUGAGCCGACCCAACCUACCUCCUACCAGCGCUUCCACCAGCUCUUCCUCCUCUGCUGAGCAGCGAUGGUCCACGCCGGGCUCUACCGAGCAGAGGGAGGGCGGCGCCGGCGGGAGCGCGGGAGUGCAGAGUGACUUUCUGCGGCCUUACCAGCCCUACGAGGAAGUGCCAUCUCCGCACUCCAAGCCACAAGCAUACUAUACUGACUCGAGCAACAUGAUGCACCCAGCGGGAGGCUUGCCAGGGCCGCAUGGUGAUUCUUCGACACUGGCGGCACAGAGGGGUCAGGAGCAGCAACAUGACAGCUGGAGACAGGCGGAAGAUCUGUCUCCGCGUAGUACUGGACGAUUUGCACCUCCGCAAGGUGGGCAGAGCCAAUAUCAGGGAUAUCCAUCCCAGUCGUGA